AUGGAGGCUGUCUCAAAUGUGUACAAUUAUUUUCUCUCAUUGCCGAUGGUUUUCAAGAUUUUGAUCAUUAGCUUAAUAGUUGCUGAUAUUGCGUUUUCUUCUUUGUAUGGAAUCGUCGGUAAGUACAAGAAAUUGUACAAAGUUUUAUUCCCAAAGAAGAAACAACACAAGAAAACAAGUGGAAGGACAUCGUACAAAGCGGGAAAAGCUAAU